AUGGAGAAGCAAAAUUUCGAGCAACGCGUCGCGAUAAAAUGUUGCGCCAGAUUGGGCGAAACAGCUUCGGAAACGUACGCUAAAAUCGUAAAACUGCAUGGUGAUAGUGCUCUCAGUCGUGCCCAGGUGUUUCGAUGGCAUAAAGAGUUUAAGGAGGGGCGUGAAAGCGUGGAAGACCAGGCGCGGAGCGGGAGACCAGUCGAGGUGCGGACUGACCCGAAUGUGCAGCGAGUGUGCGCCCGAAUCCGUGAAAAUCGGCGUUUAACAGUUCGAAUGUUGGCAUCGGAACUGGGUAUGAACCAUGAAAAAGUUGUGUGCGAAAAUGGUUCCAAAGAACCUUUCUGA